AUGCCGCUGGAUCGUCGCCCGACGAGGUUGCGGGUUAAAAAACAUAGUAAGAAGCAGAAAAGUGAUGAAGAAAUAGAAUCUGAUAGUGAAGCGAGUUCCGUUGGAUCUGAAACAGAGUCUGAUAUCUCAGUACAUGAAAGUGCUCAUGAGAAAAAAGUACGACUCACAAAGAAAGCUAUUCAGAAAGCACUCGAAACAGUUGGUUCGGAUGACGAGAAGUACGAAGCUCUUUCUUUACGUCUCAAAGAGGAGGCACUGCAGGCUAAAGGAAAGUUUUUAGCAAAGUUCGCACAUCAGAUCAAAUUCUUGAAUAAGGAGGAAAUUAUGGUUCUUAGAGGUCAUAGAAAAUCUGUCUCUUGUGUAUGUAUUUCUGAAGAUGGUAAAUAUGCCUACACUGGAGGGAAGGAUUCUUCAGUAAUUAAGUGGGAUCUAAGCACUAUGGUAAAACUGUGUUCUAUACCUGGAGGGAAACGUGGAACAAAAUAUCCCUAUCAUACUGGCCCGAUUCUGUCUAUUUCCAUAUCCAGUGACAGUAAAUAUUUAGCUUCCUCUAGUAUGGACCAUUCCGUUAUAAUAUGGGACCCAAAUGAAAUGAAAGUUUUCAUGAAACUACUGCACCAUAAGGUACCAGUCACAGCUGUUAGUUUUAGAUACCAUUCACACAUGUUGUUUACAGCAGAUUGUUCUGGUCGUGUUUGUGUUUGGAAUAUGCCUUUGAAAGAGGUAUUACAAGACCAAGGGGCAAGAACAAAUAUCGAAGUGUUAGGAUUAUGUGGUCUGGUAUCUGAACGAUGUGUUUCAUGUUCCGGGUUUGGUGGUCCCGGUGUUUGUGUCUGGAAAGUUCCCGAAGAAAUAUGUGUUCAGUACAGUACAAAAAACACAUUAGAGAGUUCAGUAGAAUGCAUUUAUGCAGUCAAUGACGAAAUUUUCAUAGGGGGUUCUUCUACAAAUACCAUUUAUAUUUGGCAUUCAAGUAGAGGUAGUCCUGUAUUUACUGUUUCUCCUGCUCACCCUGUGGCAAAAUUAUGCCCACCGUCGAUGUCAGAGCCUUUUAUCCGACCAGUUGCUAAUUGGGUUUCUGCCAUUACUGGUCUAUACGGAACUGAUCUAAUCGCUUCAGGUUCCUCCACAGGGCACAUACAAUUUUGGCGACUUGUUCAGCCACAGUUGGAUCGUUCAAAUGAAGUUAAAGUACAACAACAACAACGAACACAGAUCAGUAUUGAACGCAUACCUGGUUUGGGUAUUUCAUUGGGUGGUUUUAUCAAUGGGCUGGCUUUCUCUUCUGAUCGUCGAUAUUUAGCUGUUUGUCUAGGUCAGGAACAUCGGUUCGGUCAUUGGGAGCCUAGACGUCAUGUCGCCAAUGGUUUAUUUCUAAUCCCACUGAAUGUAUCCUACCUCUGCCAAGGAAGUCCUACUCACUGCCUUCUCGUGGCGGGGGUGUUGUUUACGGAAAUGAGAGGACGAAAAGCAAAUGUCCGGCGCUUUAACCGGAUUCCAAACCAAUGGUGCACAUGGGUUCCAGGAUCCUGA